ACAUCGAAGGAGCAUGAUCCAGGAAUUGCAGGAGAGUAGGUGUCAGCAGGCGAACUCUCUGCAGGAACAACUACAGUCCUACCACGACUUGAAGAAACAGCAAGAUGUUCUCCAACUGCACUUGGAGGACAACAAGAACAAUGAUGAGGACCACAAGUGUCGCCAGUCCCAACUGAAGAGGAAGCUUCAGGUCCUUGUGAUGGAGAAGGCAGCCUUGCAGCUCCAGAUGAAGAAGCUUGAGAUGUGCAAGCUCCUGCCACAACAAGUUCAUGAUUUGAGGCUGGAGCAGGCCUGAGUCAGAUUCAGGAGCCAGAGACCUGCUUGGCUGAUGUAAGGAGGCA